AGCGCCAAUAGUCAAUUAAGGGAUACUUGAUGAAUGGCUAUAAACCAAACCAAGCAAGUACCAUUUCAUCUAACUCCUCACAAUGGAGUUUCUGCUGUUUUUAAUUUUCUUCAUUAUUCUUGUGGUAAAAUCAGUUGAUUGUGGCAAUCAAUUCAGCAGAGAUGACUUCCCCGCUGACUUCGUUUUCGGCUCAGGUACCUCAGCUUAUCAGGUUGAAGGUGCAGCUGCUGAAGAUGGAAGGACUCCAAGCAUAUGGGACACUUUUGCUCACUCUGGAAUUACACAUGGAGCCAAUGGAGAUGUAGCAUGUGACCACUAUCAUAAAUACAAGGAAGAUGUCCAACUCAUGGUGGACACAGGGUUAGAAGCCUACAGAUUUUCCAUUUCAUGGUCAAGACUAAUCCCAAAUGGAAGAGGACCGGUUAAUCCAAAGGGUUUACAGUAUUACAACAACCUCAUCAAUGAAUUAAUCAGUCAUGAAAUCCAACCGCAUGUUACAUUACAUCAUAGCGAUCUUCCACAGGCACUUGAGGAUGAGUAUGGAGGAUGGCUUAAUCGAAAGAUUGUGAAAGACUUUACAGCGUAUGCAGAUGUAUGCUUUAGAAACUUUGGUGAUAGGGUUUCAUAUUGGACUACUGUGAAUGAGGCCAAUGUGUUUGUACUGGGAGGAUAUGACAUUGGAUUUCUGCCGCCCGCACGAUGCUCGUUUCCAUUUGGGGUCAAUUGUUCUAGAGGUAACUCAUCGUCUGAACCAUACAUAGUAGCUCAUCAUAUCUUGUUGGCACAUGCAGCGGCUGCGAGGCUGUACAACAAAAAGUAUAAGGAAAAGCAACAUGGAUUCUUAGGGCUCAAUUUGUUUGCUUAUUGGUUUGUUCCUUUUAGAAAUACAACAGAAGAUGCAAUUGCCACUAAGAGAGCGAACGAUUUCUACCUUGGUUGGUUUUUGAAUCCAUUGGUAUCUGGAGAAUAUCCUAUCACAAUGAAGAAGAAUGCUGGCUCGAGGAUGCCGGACUUCACCAAUCUGGAAUCCAAGCAGAUUAAGGGUUCAUUUGACUUCCUUGGAGUCAACUUUUACAACACCUUGUAUGUCAAGGACAAUUCUGACAGCCUAAAGAAAGAACAUAGAGACGUUGAUGCAGACAUGGCAGUAGAACUGAUACCCAUGCUUGAUAACUCAUCAACAGUUGAGUUUCCUGUUACACCUUGGGGUCUGCAAGGAGUGCUGGAGUAUUUUAAGCAAGUUUAUGGCAACCCUCCUGUUUACAUCCAUGAAAACGGUCAGCGGAUGCAGCGCAAUUCGACAUUAGAAGAUUGGCCAAGGGUUAUGUCUCUGUCUGGAUACAUAGAGGGUUUGCUUCACUCAUUGAGGAAUGGAUCAAAUGUUAGAGGGUAUUUCACUUGGUCCUUCCUAGAUCUGUUUGAGAUGUUGGAUGGGUAUGAGUCGAGCUACGGGUUGUAUUACAUAGAUUUGGAUGACCCAGAUUUGGUCAGACACCCAAAACUUUCUGCUAAGUGGUACACUCAGUUUUUGAAGGGGAAAAGAAACAUUUCAGAUGGGAUCAUUGAACUAGACAAGAAUUUAUCUGCAUUUUCAACUGCUCACUUCUUUCAGUAGAUUCAACUUUAUGCUGUAGCUAAUGGCACGAC